AUGUUGAGAAAUUUCGGGCGAUAUGCUCGCGUACCAUGCUUGAAUGCUACGAGACGGGGUAUUAUCAGAUCUACACAAACCCAGGCUCAGCAACCUAGAGGUAUAAGGCAGGGUACACUAUUUGGUUUGCUCGCAUGCACAGGUCUCGGAGUAACGAUCUACACAGUACUUGAAUAUUACUCGCUUUUCAGAGAAUGGCCAGAAGAUAUACGCAACGAUGUUCGUUUGGGUAUUAAAUUCAAGCACGUUGGAGAUUUUGAUAAGUCAAUAGCUGCAUUCACAACUGCAAUAGAGAAAGGGCGCAAUCUUUCGGAUGAAUCAUACAAACAGAUGGGUGUAUCUAAAACAAUUGCACUCACUGGAUUACAAAUCUCACUUUCAAAUGUAUAUGAAUUAGCGAAUACACCACAAAAUGCGUUAGCAGUAUUACAGGACGCUUUAUCUAGUCUAUUAGCAUUAGACUCACCUAGUAGUAGUGAACAACAUCGAUCAAUAGCACUCAGUCAGAAAAUGGGUGAUCUUUGCCUUAGAUUUGGUCGACAAGACGCUGCUGAAAAGUACUACGAAUGGGGAAUAGAACAAAUGUUGAAAAUUGGAUUAAAAAUGGACAAAAAUUCAGAAAUAAAGAGAGCUACAGAUGGUGAAGUCAUCUUAGUACAUGAAUUAGAGUUACCUAAUUGGGUAUCAAAGUCUGAUUUAGGUGCCUCUUUAGAGCGCCUAGCAGGUCUUUUUGCGGAAAGAGGAAGACCAGCUGACGCAGUACCACUCUACGUUCAGACUAUUUCGUUACUCCUUCCACCAAAGGAGAAGAGAACGCGUGAUCCAACAAGUGAUGAACGUUGUAGAGCUGGUUUACUCAUGAGUAAUCUUUCACAAGUUCUGACGACGCAUCCAUCCACUAAAAAUCUCAAGACGGCUCUCAGUUGGGCUGAUAAGAGCGUAGAUAUUGUCGAAAAUGCAGUCGAGAAUACUAAAAGGGAUGAUAAACGGAGUAGGAUCUGUGAUCACACACUCGCAGUUGGAUUAUUCAACUUGGGUGUAUUGAAUGAGAUGCUCAAAAAUUCAGAUAAAGCUAAGGAGCAAUAUACGAAAGCCAUCGCAAAAUCCGAAGAGAUUGGUCUCUUACAGGGGAAACUUCAAGCAAAGGAUGGUUUAAGGAGAAUAAACAAUAAUAAUUAAGAUUGUUCUGUUCGUGCAUUAUCAUAAAAAAACCAAAUAAAAAAUAGAAAUUAUAAAUUACUCGUUUGAGAGAACUUCGAGUGCAUCGAUAAGUUGCUCAGGUGUGGUUAAAUGCCAUCCGGCCAGUGUUCGUUUAGAUGCUGGACCGAUAGUGAUUGUGAAGAUAUCAUCAGGGUUAGCGUUAAUUUCCUUAGUUGGGGUUUCUUCAGUAUCUUCAUUACUUAAGGUAGCGCUAACUGGCGCAUUCAUUAUUGGCUUAAGUGAUGGUGUUGAACCUGGUGCUAAAACAAAUAUAUCAGAUAAUGAUCUGAACAUAUCCUCAUCUGUCUUAUCAUCACCUGCGCACAUAACGAACUCAGAAUCAGAAUGGUUGUAGAGUACCCUCUUGACUAUUUCACCCUUGUUGACUGCUAAUGGACGAACUUCAAGAUUCUUUUUACCGACCAAUACUGUCAAUCGUAAGUGUGAAUCACUUAAAUAUCAACUCAACUCACC